GUUUUGCAUAGAUCCAUUGAGAUCUUGCGCUGGAUCAUAGGGAACAUACAGCACGGUUAUAGUGAUUUUAUUGCAUAGCGGGGGUCAAGCGGGCGGAUCUCACUAGCGGUCACACUAAACCAUGGCAUACCGUUCCAUGGGAGCUCCGUCUCUCUUCACCCUUUUCCUUCACUUCUCACUAUGCCUGUUACAAAGAUUAGUCUAUCCGCCGAGGCUGGCGUUGAUCAAUAUACUUUGAUCAACCAGCAAAAGACCUUGGCCGUCAUGGUCUUGAACUAUGGCGGUACCAUUACCCAUAUCCUUACCCCAGACAAGUCGGGUCAUAUCAGAGACGUUGUGCUUGGUUUCGAUAACUACGAGGGCUACUUGAACUCUGCCAACCCCUUCUUUGGAGCUUUGGUCGGUCGUUAUGCAAACAGAAUCGGUCUAGGCAAGUUCACCAUCGAUGGAGAGGAAUACCAGGUCCCCAUUAACAACACUCCCAACGCUUUGCAUGGAGGUAUCAAGGGCUUUGAUAAGAAGAUUUGGGAUGUGGAGGUUGUGUCCGAGUCCCCAGCCGCCAUUCGUCUCACCUAUGUUUCUGAGGACGGUGAGGAAGGGUAUCCCGGAAAAUUGACCACGUAUGUUACCUACACCGUCACCGAUGCCAAUGAGCUUGAGGUGGAAUAUGAAGCUGUGACGGACAAGUCUACCGUUCUCAACUUGACCAACCACACCUACUUCAACUUGGCUGGUGUUGAACUUGACCCUAAGAUUCUUGACACUGAGGUCACCAUGAACGGCGUUAAGGGCUUCCUUGAGGUCGACGAUAACUGUUUGCCCACCGGUAAGGUCAUCCCAGUGGCUGAUGUUAACCCUAUGGACUUUACUGGAUCCAACGCCGGUAAGACCAUUGGAUCGCGUGUCAAUGAUGUUCAAGGCGGUGGUUACGAUCAUCCCUACGUGAUCCACGACACCUUUGUUCUCGAUACCACCGGUCUGCCCAUGCAAAAGGACGUCUUCGUGGCCCAUGCCCCUCAAACCGGUAUCACUUUGAGCAUGGCCACCACUGAACCUGGAUUCCAGUUCUACACUGGUAAGGGAAUUGCUGAGAACGUCUUUACCGGCAAGAAGUCUCAGAACAAUGCUCCUGGCAUCGGCCCAUUCUCUGGUUUCUGUCUUGAGACCUCUCGUAACCCCGAUGCUCCCAACCACGAAAACUGGCGCCCUAGUGUCUUGUUGACUCCUGGUGAGCAGUACAAGGGCAAGACCAUUUACAGCUUUGGCGUGAAGUUGUAAGAACAACAACCCAACCUUGGCGGUUUCUCUGAUUUCAUAAUUAUAUAUUUUUUUUUACUUUGGGGUCCAACAAUAAACCGA